AUGGCCAAAAGACCCAAUGACGACGAGCUGUUGCAAUUGUACGGCCUGUACAAGCAGGCAACGGUGGGGGACAACACCACCGACAAACCGGGUGUUUUCGACUUCAAGGGCAAGUACAAGUGGGAGGCCUGGAAGAAGCUCGAGGGAACUUCCCAGGAGGAGGCCGAGAAGAAGUACAUUGCUCUGCGUCUCUGCGGUGGUGAGUCCGUGCGCCGCGCUCUCGAAGAACACGUAGACCAGACAGCACAGCGUGGUGAACGACGCGUUGAAGCCGUACAGCAGCAUGUACGGGUGCAGUUUCAGCGAGAAGCGCUUGUUCUUCCAGUAGUCGGCCACAGCGACCACAAACAGGGGCAGCUGGAAAACGAGCUCAAACCCGACAAAAUACUGGAGCCACAGCGGCGGCUCAGCGCACAGAAAGUCUUUGUUCUGGGCUACGUGGAAGUCGCUCAACUGCUUCUGGAUGUCGAGCUGCCAGGCACGAGGGACGGCCAGCGUGGCAUCCAUCAGCACGGUGAUAGGGAUGUGGAGUAA